UUCAUGCUUUUCGCUCUAUACAUAAAAGGAGCAGUGAAAGUGCCGUUCUCAUCAGCCAAAUUCCUGCAGAGCAAAUCUUUUGUCUGCAUGUCUACAAUAUGUUGAAAGUCUGGGAUCAGCAGUGUUGGAUACAGGGGAUUGUGUCUACCAAGCAGAAAUGCUAAACCUUCUAUAGUUGCUGUUUUGUUCCAUGAGGCUCGCGAUAUCAGCCUCUGUCUGAACUGUCAUAUAUAUUGGAGUGUCCAAUUUUUCUGCCUGUCACAUUUGUUGGCUCCUUCGUUGGUUUGGACACUGUCCAGUGCAAAGAUGUCUCAGUAUUCUGGAAAAAUCAUUUUCUAUGAGGGAAAAGGUUUCACAGGAAGGAAACUGGAGGUCUUCGGAGACUGUGAUAACUUUCAAGACAGGGGAUUCAUGAAUCGUGUCAAUUCCAUCCGUGUAGAAAGUGGAGCCUGGAUCUGUUAUGAUCACCCUGACUUUAAAGGGCAGCAGUACAUUCUGGAACAUGGAGAAUAUCCAGACUUCCAUCGCUGGAAUGGGCACAAUGAUCACAUGGGAUCCAGCAGACCAGUCAAAAUGCAUGGAGAACAUUACAGACUGGAACUGUUUGAGGGAUGUAACUUCACUGGUCAAUGCAUGGAGUUUUGUGAAGAUUGUCCUUUUCUCCAAGGGCACGGCUGGAACAAGAACUGUGUGAAUGCCAUGAAGGUCUAUGGUGAUGGAGCCUGGGUACUGUAUGAAGAACCCAACUACCGUGGACGUAUGUACAUCGUGGAGAGAGGAGACUACCGCACGUUCAACGAAUGGCAGGCCCAGAGUGCGAACAUCCAGUCCAUCAGACGGGUGGUGAACUACUUCUAAGUGCUGAAUUUUAACCUCGGUGAAAGGGACAAUCAAACUCUCAAUAACAUUUACCUCUCCUUUGUGAA